AUGGCCUUUCGCAGUCCCUUCGCGAUCUCUCGGCGGUUGUUGAGCGGCGCCACCCCCAGUCUUCGGCCACUGGCAUGGAGCUGCGCCGCUUAUAACAAAACUCAGCGAUCUAACCUUGCAACCGUGGUACCACCUGUUACUCAAGAUGCAACAGGUUCAAAGGGCCCGACCGCAAUGGUUUUUAUGAACAUGGGCGGCCCGUCGACCACGGACGAGGUGGAAGACUUCCUGAGCCGUCUUUUUGCCGAUGGUGAUUUGAUUCCCCUCGGGCGGUUCCAAUCAUAUAUCGGUCCAAUAAUCGCUCGUCGACGAACCCCAAAAAUCCAGAAGCAGUACGCGGAUAUCGGUGGAGGAUCUCCUAUUCGAAAGUGGUCUGAAUACCAAUGCACCGAAAUGUGUAAAAUCUUGGAUAAGAUUUCCCCGGAGACCGCGCCGCAUAAGCCUUACGUCGCAUUCCGGUACGCCGCACCUUUGACUGAGACCAUGUACAACCAUCUACUUGCUGAUGGGUUCGGCAAUGGCAAGGGCGGUCGUGCCGUUGCUUUCACACAAUAUCCGCAAUAUUCUUGUUCCACAACGGGUAGCUCUCUGAAUGAACUUUGGAAGUGGCGUAACCGUUUGGAGGUAAAGCGGGCGAAUGGCGAGGUGGACCCUACUGGCGCAAUUCAGUGGAGUGUCAUCGACCGCUGGCCGACGCACCCCGGCCUUGUUGAGGCCUUCGCCCAGAAUAUCGAGGCUCAGUUGAAGACCUACCCCGAGGAGAAGCGGGACCAGGUUGUAUUGUUAUUCUCUGCUCACAGUCUGCCUAUGGAUGUUGUCAACCGAGGCGACCCCUACCCUGCCGAAGUAGCUGCUACAGUCCACGCUGUUAUGCAACGCCUGAAGUUCAGCAACCCGUAUCGCCUGUGCUGGCAAUCCCAGGUCGGUCCCAAGGCCUGGCUGGGUGCUCAGACCCAGGACACCGUGAUGGAGUAUGUGAAGCGCGGCCAAACAGAUCUUAUCCUUGUGCCAGUCGCUUUCACUAGCGACCAUAUUGAGACACUGUACGAGCUGGACUUGGAAGUCAUGGAGGAGGCUAACAGCCCGGGUGUCAAGCGGGCGGAGAGUUUGAACGGUAACCCUAUUUUCAUUCAGGGUCUCGCGGAUCUUGCCCACGAGCAUCUGCAGAAGGGAGAGCCCUGCUCGGCUCAGAUGACUCUGCGCUGUCAAGGAUGCCGCAGCGAGCGCUGCCUGGAGCAGAAAAAGUUCUUUGCUGGUGAGCAGUAUGGAUCCCUGGUAAUGUAA